UGUCAGAUAGGAGUGAAAAUAACGAAAUAUCAAGAUAACUUAGUGAUGAUGUCUUUGCUUUCUUUAAUAACAAGAGUAAUUGCUCUUAAUAUCAUCAUGUUCUCAGAUGUAUCCUGUUCUUCAUCCUUGAAAGUUGUCAUGUUGGGUGAUUGGGGUGGAUUGCCUAUAUUCCCUUACAAAACAUUUGUUGAAUUGUCAGUAGGAAGAGAAAUGUCCUAUCUUGCUUCAAAAUUUGGAGUAGAUUUUAUUUUAGCAUUAGGAGAUAACUUUUACUUGGAUGGUGUAAAAGAUGUUGACGAUCCAAGGUUUAAAGAAACUUUUGAAACAGCAUUUGGAUAUGAGUCACUUCAUGUUCCUUGGUUUCUUAUUGCUGGUAAUCAUGAUCACUAUGGGAACGUGUCUGCACAGCUUGCUUAUUCUUCUAAAUCUGAUCGUUGGCAUUUUCCUGCUUUAUAUUACAAGAAAAAUUUGAAGGUCCCUCUUUCUAAUUUUACAGUAGAUGUAGUUAUGACUGAUAGCAUAAUUCUAUGCGGAAAUACGGAUCCAGCCGAACCUUAUAAACAGCCUUUAUUUGAUUCAAUUAACCUGCAUAAAAGUAAAAAGCAUUGGGAGUGGUUAGAAGAUGUUUUAAAGUCAUCUAAAACUCAUUACUUACUUGUAUGUGGCCAUUACCCAGUUUAUUCUAUUGGAUCUCAUGGAAAUACUAACUGUCUUGUAAAGUAUCUAAAACCUCUUCUUGAGAAGUAUAAUGUUUCUGCUUAUUUAAGUGGGCAUGAACAUAAUAUGCAGCAUAUACAAGUACAGGAUAUUGAUUAUAUUAUCAGUGGCUCUGCUAACUUCAUUGAUCCUUCUAAGAAACAUAUUGAUGAAAUUCCACCUAAAAGUCUUCUUUUCCAUUGGGAUUGCUCAUGUUUUGUUUUGUUGGCGAUAUUCUUAUGAUUCCAAAUGACCCACUAGGAAGGAAUGGACCAUGCUUAGAUGAUUUCCUUUCAUUUCCUGUGAAGGAGUAAAUAUGUUCGCAGAUUCAUUUGCUAUCUUUUAAUGUUUAAAUGUGUUAUGCAAGAUUUCUUUUUGAGAGGGUACAUUCCCAAACAUAAACAAACACUGUAUAAAUCAAAAGUGUCUUAUGGGAAUUUUGUUCAUCAGAAACAAUGUACAUGUUUUUUAUAGAAGAUAUUUUGUAAUUCAAUCUACUAUAGUUUGACAAAGUCACUGUAUACUAUUCCAUCAAUGUUUAUAACAAUAAAGUGAAUUUUCAGAGUUUGAA